AUGGUAUCUAGUCAUCUUUUCCGCGCCUUGACCGACGCCGCCGCCCUUCCCUUCGAUUCCACGCCCUCGCCGACUGAUCAGCAAGGCCAACGAUACGCGGGGGAAGUAGGAUGGGACUACGAGACGGCGAGCUUCGAUGUCGCUCGGAAGGACCACGAGGGCACUAGCAAUGGCGAUGUGCAACCUCUUCAACACGACGCGCGGCUCUUCUACGGCGCGCAGUUCAUGCUUCACCAUCGUCCCCAGCGUCCUCGACGACCCCCUCAACAUCUCGCCCUCGAAGAAGCCCUCAACGCCGCCACCCUCGACGACGUCUACCACACUACCGCCGUCGUCGACGCCUCCAGGGCGCCCUCAAGCUCACCUGCUACUUCAACCCCUCCACCCCACUCGCAUUCGUGCCCCUCACUUCGCGCUGUCUCGGGCGCGGGAGAAAGGCCCCCGACGUUGGGUGCAUCCGCUCCUGAGCCGUUGACAUGCAUGCCCUCGUUGGCCGCCGCUGUCGACGCGCUCGCUCGAUGCCGGCGAUAUAUCCUGGUCUUCGACACUGGCGAAGGACCCUCACCGACGCCGGCGAAGCGUCUUCAGCCCCAGCAACGUGGCCGCAUCCUCAACAUCGACAUGUCCUACGUCGUCAAGCGCGCUGACCCUAUGGUGUCGGUGUCGACGUUGGUUGCUAUGCCCUUGGCGCGCUCAGCGCCGCGAGGACAGCGCGCCGCCUUAAGAUCGUAUCAUGGGGAGCUCUGUCGUUGGACGACGGCGAAGGCAACGAGCAAGGAGGAAGGUAGCGUGGGCGAGCACGAAGAUGGUGGGCCGGGGCAAAGAGUGGGAGCUGUGGUGAAGGCGACGAGCUCAGAGGGGCCGAAGGCGAGAGCGGAGGUGAAGGCGGUCAGCGACGUUGAUGCAGUGCUUGCUGUGCUCGCCCGCCGACUACGCGUACGCCGGGGCCUGCCAGGUGCAAGAUCACGCGUCGCUAACCGUCGAUGCGGCGCCUGGAUAGCGGACGACGGUGGGAUCGAGGUCGAUGUCGGUCUCGCCACGCGCGUGGCCCUCGCGCCACAAACUGAGGGGUCUGCGCAUUUGCGCCAGCGAUGUCGUUUACUUCACGCCGUAGUACGCUCCGAAUUCCCCGCGACGACGCUCAGGUCCGCUUCGAGUUGCGCGGGAUCGCCUUUUGGGACGCUCAGGACCGCCGUCGACGACGCUCAAAACCGCCGUCGGCGAUGCCCAGGACCGCCUUCGCCGACGCUCGCAGUCCCCGCCUUCACCACUCGCCAACAACGAAUCCCCCCUCACGUCACCUUUGGCAUCGGAUUCCUCCUCGCCUUCGACGACGCGUUUCUGCUCAUUUUCGACGACACGUCUCUGCUCAUUCUUGACGACGCGUCUGUGCUCAUUCUUGAAGACGCAUUCCUGCUCGCCUUCGACGAUGCAUCCCGCCUUCAUCCUCAACAACGAAUCCCCCCUCAUCGCCUCCUCUCGGCCCUUAACAAUGGUGCCAACAAGCACGUCGAACGAGAUCUCGCAAUCAACGGCGGUGGUGGUUCGUGCCGGCGCGUCAUUCGGGGAGUGGCAACGCGCUCUUCGUGCGCAGGAACAGACUUCAAGAUCGACAAACGUGCUCAAAGAGCGCGAGCGAGGAAGGGGGCGGGCGAGGACAUUAGUUGA